AUGGCAGAUCAGCUGUUAAUUCAUGAUGAUAUUAAAUUAUAUACAACUUCAGAUAAGUUUUAUCUGGAGCCCACAAUUAAUCCCACAGAGAUCAUGGUCAUUGACCGCAUCACCGGGGAAGCUACAGUCAAAGACUUCAAUGAAGUGAAAAUUCCAAUUCCUGCCAAUGCUUACCGGCCCGUAUGUGGGUUUCUAGGUAGCAUUAAACUUAUAUCUGGAUUGUACCUGGUAGUCGCUAAAUAUAGGAUAUUGGUCGGCAAGCUAAACAAUCACGAUAUUUAUCAGUUGGCGGGUACAGAUAUCAUACCUUAUGCGAGAUCUAAUACACAUCUCACCAAUAAACAGAUAGAAGACAAUUCGACGUACGAGCGAAUGUUGCGUUUGGCUCUAGACACGCCUGGCAUUUACUUCUCGUACGGGUAUGACCUGACGCAUACGUUGCAGCGGCUACACUCCAUCACACCAUCCUUCCACAAGAUGUCAUUAGCCAAUCGUGCAGAUGCUCGGUUUCUGUGGAAUGGUUACUUGUUGAGAGAUUACUCAGACGAACAGUAUGGCCGAUUCACACUGCCUUUAGUACAAGGAUUUGUGUCUAUAAAUAAUGUAACUGUAAAUGGUCAUCAAUUGAAAUGGUCGCUAGUGUCCCGACGGUGCGUAGAUAGAGCCGGCACGAGGCUGUUCAUGAGAGGAGUCGACGCACAGGGCAAUGUAGCAAACUUCGUGGAAACCGAGCAAAUUGUCGAAAGAGGGGGUGAAAAGUCUUCAUUUGUCCAGACCAGGGGUUCGAUCCCCCUGUUCUGGAACCAAUACCCGGACAUCAAGUACAAACCUGUGAUAACCUUGUCGCAUGAAGAUCACGUGUCGGCUUAUACUAAACACUUGAGAGAUCAGCAGCAGAGAUAUGGCAACCAGGUGCUUGUGAGUUUGAUCGACCACCACGGCAAGGAGGAGGGACUGGAGCGCGGCUACCGCGCGGCCGUGGCGGCGGCCGCGCUGCCCGGCGUGCGCUACGAGCCCUUCGACUUCCACACGGAGUGUCGCGGCAUGCGCUACUACCGCCUCUCCGUGCUCACCGACAGGAUCGCGCACGAGCAGAAAGAAUUCGGAUACUUUUUAUCUCGCGGUGGGACAGUUCUACUACGCCAGAGUGGAGUGUUCCGCACCAACUGUGUGGACUGCCUGGAUAGAACCAACGUGGUCCAGAGUCUGCUGGCCAGGCUACAGCUGAAUGCGGUGCUAAGGCUGCUUGUCGUCACCAACUCUGAUGAUGAGAGUCAUCCGAAUUUGGACAACUUGUUUAAUAACGUAUGGGCUGACCAUGCAGAUUUGAUAUCAACCCAGUAUUCCGGCACGGGCGCUCUGAAGACGGACUUCACCCGGACUGGCAAGAGGUCCCACCUGGGGCUUUUGAGGGACGGGAUCAACUCCCUCACUAGGUAUUAUAAGAACAACUUCAGCGAUGGAUUCAGACAGGACUCCAUUGAUUUGUUUUUGGGCAAGUAUGUGGUAGCUGAUGGAGAGGGCAACUCUGCCGUUUGUCCACUAAGGCGAGACAGGGAUUGGAAGUAUAUUACUUUCCCCUCAGUACUGUUGGUAGCUGUGUCGAUGUUCUGCGCAAGCGCAACGUUACCGCAGCGUUACACGAACGAGGUGCUCAUGUACCUCAUGUUCUGGGGAGCGGCCAUCACUGCCACACUCAGCUUUAUAUUUAGACAUGGCAAGGAGUUCGUGGACUGGCCGCGCCUGGACGCGGGCGGGCUGGUCGCGGCGCGUGCCCUGGCCCCGCAGCAGUCCUUAUGA